AUGGUUUCUACUUUAGCAUCUUCUUCCCGCACAUAUCCCACUCCUGCUGUUAGGUAUGACGUGUUCCUAAGCUUCAGAGGAGAAGACACUCGUCAUAGUUUUAGAGAUCAUCUCUAUGAAGCAUUACUCCAAUCAGGUUUUCGCACUUUCAGAGACAAUGAUGAAAUCGACAGAAGUCAACAACUCAAGCCAGAAAUAGAGACUGCAAUAAUGGAAUCAAGGGCUUCAAUAGUUGUGUUGUCGGCGAACUAUGCUAAUUCUAGAUGGUGUCUUGAUGAGCUUUGUUUGAUCCUCCAGCAAAUGAAGAACUGCAAUCAUUUCGUUUUACCUGUUUUUUAUCAUGUGGAUCCAUCAGAUGUUAGGAACCAAACAGGAAGUUUCACUUUUGAAAGGUCUGUCUGGACAUCUGUUGCUAAUUUGACUACCAACUUUUUAAAAUGUUUGGCAUGUUUGGGAAUAGAAGUAAAUAAAGAGUCAAAAUGGACAGAGGUUAAUAUGAGGCGGUGGAAGGGAGCACUAACGGAGGUUGCUAAUUUGAUUGGCUUCGACUUUUCACGGUAUAUAUGCUUUCUCUCUAUUCAUGUCUAUAAUUACGGCUGUAAACGAACUGAUCGUUUAACAAACAGUUCGUGA